UGUGGCGGUCUGCCGCGAAGCCACGAUGGCCCCCCUGUGGUCCCCCAGACUUAUCCUGCUCGUACUCGCCCUCGUCCCUCAAGCGUGUAUGGCGUGCCCCCCCGGCUGUCGCUGCUACAGCCUCACAGUGGAGUGUGGAUCUCUGGGGAUCAAAGAAAUCCCGCAGGGCGUCCCUUCGUUCACAGAGACCAUCUUCCUCCAGGACAACGCGAUAGUGCAGAUCCGUCUUCAGGACCUAACUCGUCUCGGCAGCCUCCAUUACCUGUACCUCCAGAACAACAGCAUCUCAGCACUUGAGCCCGGAGCCUUUCUUAGCCAGGGGCAGCUUCUGGAGCUGGCCCUCAACGGUAACCUCAUCCACCUGGUCACCCCUGACAUGUUCAGGGGUCUGGAGCACCUCCGGAUCCUCUACCUUGCAGGCAACCAGAUCACUCGAGUCCAGGACCAAACCUUCAGGGGACUGCAGCGUCUGCAGGAACUCCACCUGCAGGAAAACAGCAUUGAGCUGCUGGCAGAGCAAGCCCUGUCUGGCUUGUCAUCUCUGGCUCUGCUGGACCUCAGCAGAAAUCACCUCCGCACCCUGGGAGCAUCGUCCCUCAAACCGCUUGUCAGCCUGCAGGUGCUGCGUGUCACAGAGAAUCCUUGGCGCUGUGAUUGCGCUCUUGGUUGGCUAAGGACGUGGAUCAGCGAAGACGGUCAGCGACUGCUGAGCUCUGCUGAGCAGCGUCAGCUCAUGUGUUCGGAACCACCUCGCCUCUCCCACCUCAGCCUGGUGGAGGUGGCUCCCAACAGCCUGGUUUGCAUCCCCCCUGUGGUUCAGCUGGAACCUAGUCAUCUGACUGUGCGACUAGGGGAGAGUCUCAGAGUCUCCUGCCAGGCCUCAGGAUACCCUCAGCCUCAGGUGACCUGGAAGAAAGCGUCCCAUGGCAAGGCCCAGUUAUCCCCUCGAGGACUGGUUCAAGAGCUGGGACCCAACGGUGAGCUCUUCAGGCCUGGAGCUGGAGGAGUGGUAACUGCCCUUCCCAGUGGUGGAGGGAUUAAGGUGGGAGGUGUUGGUGGGAUCCAGGGACUUGUGCGUGGAACUGAGGAGGGUGGAGAGAGGGACAGCUUUGACCCGGACAUGGGCAGUGGCAUGUUGUUUCUCAGCAAUGUGACUGUAUCUCAUGCUGGACGCUAUGAAUGUGAGGCCUGGAACCCAGGUGGUGUAGCCAGAGUUACCUUUCACUUAGCUGUCAACAUGUCCUCUUCUUCAUAUUCCACCCAGUUCUGGCCUCGUUUGAACUCACACUCCUUUGUUUCCUCUUCGUCUAAUUCCUUCUAUCAACCAGAUGUUCUGGAUGUGAGUCAAGAGCCGCUGUAUGAGCAGGACAGCAUGGAUUUUAGCGCUUUGGGCCCUGCCACACAAACCGCCAUUGCGAUCGGCAUCUCCCUGCUGGCACUCACUGCUGUUCUCCUCCUGAUUAUGAUCUACACUCGCCACCAGCAGUUUCAGAAAGAGGAAGGGGGUUCCUACUGUACGAGUAAGGAGGAGAGCAUCCUUUACGUGAACGACUACUCUGACGGACCCACAACCUUUGCCCAGCUGGAGGAGUACCGCGAUGACCAUGGCCAUGAGAUGUACGUCCUCAACCGAGCCAAGCCCGUUUUGGGGUCCACUUCAUCCAGGUGUCCCAUGAUGAGCGGGUAUGUUCAGCAGAAAGGGAUGAAGGAGGCGCUGCUGGAUCACGAAAUGGUGCAAACACUUACCAGAUCAGGAGGAAUGGGGCUUCGCAGACACCCAGCAGACGGAGGCGAGGGGCCCCUGACAACGGACCCGGAGGAGCUCUUCCUCAGCCAGAGUCUCCUCUUCGGAUCACAGGUUGCCUACGAGAUUCACUGCUAAGGGGUUGUGAUUGUGUUCUUACACAAAACAAUACGUUGUUGGACUUAAUUAAAGACAAUGAAGGAAAUAUUGUGAAGUAAUUGCUAUGUGGUCUUCAACAGAGGGGAGAGGGUCAGUUAGUGGUUGCUUGGGGAAAACUAGAUCACAAUGAGCCUCUCAGAGAUCCUCAUCUCACGGAUUGUACAAAAUUAAGAUGAGAGUGAUGAACUGUGGAAACAUAACAACUGAAUAAUCCCUUUCUGUCUCCACAUCAACCCUUUAGAGAUACAUUUAGGUAGCUAACCUUAUCAGAAAUGGUUACGGAUUCAAAACAGCCUUUCAUAUUUUGUAUUUAUGAUUUAUUUUAGGCUUUGUGUGUUCUGUGUGUGUUCUGUGUAAAUAUGAUAAUAGAGCAAAUUUUCACUGUGAAGUGCAGUUGUUGUUUGGUGGACCCUGUUGCCAAUUAGAAUUUGACCUAAAUGAAUCUUACUGAAACUGCAUAGUCAUUAUUCAUAUGAGUUAGCGGGCGACGGUGGGUGGAUUCGUUUAACGAGGUUCAUUUGGAAUGCAGCUGCAGGUCUUUUUUAAACAUUUUGUUUUUACCGUAGCAUUGUUUUCCUUGAUGUUAACGUUUCAUCUUUUUUUCUACCUAUUUGUCCAAACACUAGGAAAUAACAUGCCCAUUGUCUGAACUGGAAUCGCUGGUGGAAUGAACUGCAUUAGCAUCAGUUUGUAACGACCAUUUACAUUUGUGUAAUUAUUGCAGGA